CUUGACCAAACAUAUUUUUCAACUUAAAUCUUGGUGGUUAGUCCCUAUAAAGUCUUAAACUCGUCUCUGCAUCCGAUAAUCGUCGUCUACGAUUGUCUAAGCUCCGAUUCAUCAGGUACUUGUCAUUUAUCAGUACAGCUGCUUUGAUAUCUUUCAGCAUGGCAUCCAGUAGCGGCCAAAAUGGAAUUCAACUCUUAUUAGCUGCGGAACAAGAAGCUCAACAUAUUGUCAAUGCUGCUAGAACCGCAAAACAGGCUCGACUGAAGCAGGCCAAAGAAGAGGCCGAGAAGGAGAUUGCUGAAUUCCGUGCUCAAAUGGAAGCUGAGUUUCAGAGGAAGGUUGCAGAGAGUAGUGGAGACUCGGGUGCUAAUGUAAAGCGCCUUGAACAAGAAACAGAGGCGAAGAUUCAUCACCUAAACACUGAGGCUUCAAGAAUUUCCCAUGACGUUGUCCAAAUGCUUCUGAGGCAUGUGACGACCGUUAAAAACUAAGAUCUCGUUUGGAGAGGUGGAUUAACACAUUGUGCUCUCGUUUCUUUUAUUCCUUCGAGAUUGUUAUUAUGGAAACUUUCCACUGGUUUUUCGUUCAACUUGUAUUUUAGCAUUUAUGUUAUGUGUAUUAUUGCAACUUGCCCCUUUAUUUUCAAUUAUUCUUUCUGGCAUCAAGGAGAUGGGAUAGUAAUUGUGUUACUAUCGGACUCUUUGUACCAUACACUUUCUUUAUGAGAUAUUCAGACUUUAGAAAGUCGACAUUUAUUUGUUUAA